AUGCAUCGCGGCAGUGUGGUUUCGAGCUCUUCGGAUGCGCCUCAUGGCCCCGACUUCGAGUCUUCUUUGCGCAUUUUGUCGCAGAAGCAGAACUUGAAUCAUGCUAUCGAGGAAGCAGAUUUAGUAUCCAGAACCCUGUCAUGGUUUACCGCCGAGCAAUCUAUGACAUUGUGGGAGGGAGCAGAGUAUUUACUUCACCAUGAGAGCUCUAGUGAUGCCCAGAAAGCGGGUGCCAAAUUGCUGGAGGCCAUAGCAUCCCGUCAAGACUUGCCUCCCGCUGCUAGGCGUAUGGUAUUUGAAUCAAUCGCGAUGCCCACCGAGGGUGACGUGAUUGCCGCCCGAGUCCAGUCGCUGAUCGCUUUGUCGGACCAUGGCAGGAAGCUGGACUUUACCAGUUCCUCUAUCCUUCAUAUUAUUUCAUCAUGGAUCGUUCCACUUUACAUGAUAAUUGCGACAGCACGCUCCAAAGCGAAGAAAGGGAAAGCGCUCAAACCGAAUGAGCUUGUUCAAGAUGAAGCCAUUCUUGGAGACCUCUUCCAAUUUGCGGUGGAUCUCAUCACACUCCAGCGCAAAUCGCCAACAACAGAAGAAAUCGAGAUGCUUCUUACGGAGACAUUCACAAUCUGCAAGAAGACCAGCGUCGCUACGGAUAUCAAGAACUCGCUGGCGGUUUUCGAUGCCGUUAUUAUGUACGCGAGUGUCCCCAGCGCAAGCUUUGUCCCCCUUUUGGAAGUUCUCUGCAGCAUUCAUGCCUCCGUCAAAUCCCUCUCUGGGCCAACGUCACGAGCCGUGCGCAGCCUAGCAAAGUCACCAAAGCAGGAAGAAAUGAUGACGACCCUGCAUACUUUCUUGAGAGAAUCAUGUGCUGAAGAGUCUCCCCGGAAUUUGAACGUUCACCGCGGAGCUCUUUACAUCUUCUCCGAUCUUGCACGAGCGUACGGCCAGGAUGGAAUGCCUGAAAUUGCAUUUGAUCAAUUGAUUGAUUCCCUCAUGGUCAUUGCUCAAAAAGACGACGGUCGAGUUGACGCAGACAUUCUGGACCUGUGCUUAAAUAUACUGGAGAGUGACUACAGCCGUAUUUCUCUCGCACACGGAUGGGCGGCCUUUAUUGAUCUACUGCUUCUGUGCUCCCGGAGAGUGUACGAGGACUACGACGAGCCGAUCGCUUCACCAACCAGCCCACAACAGUCCCAUGUAAAAAGCACGCACGAUGAUAUCAAGUCUCAUAUUCUUGCAAAUAUCAUCAGGUUAACAUCCGUUGUGGAGUCUCUAUGGGAACAACUCAAUAGAGAACAGAAGCAAGAGGCAGUUCGAUUCUUGGCAAAGAAUCAUCAAUACAUCGACCCCUCUCAGUCAGAACUCAUCAUCAACAUGAUGAGAGAGGACACCCUAUGUCAUCCUUCUGAGGGAUCUAACUGGUUACACCAUUGCAGGGAGAUCAUUGAACGUUUCAUUCAGCCUCGAAAGCAGUCCUCGGACAUUCGCAUAUUAGCCCUCGAUACGCUUAAAGAGGCUCUUGCCGGUAACGAGCAUUUGUUAUUCUCGGAAGAGCAUGGCCUGCUGGAUCUUCUACUCGCAGACUUUUCUGCCGAGCAUGACCUGCUCUUCUUGGAGUCGCUCGUUUCAUUCAUCACGGAGCCCGCUAUCAACUCCAAUGACCAUGGAGGUUUCAAGCGUCUAGUCGACACCAUUGCGGGGCCCAUGGAAAGAGAUCCGGCGAAAGAUGAACCGCGUGAGACCUCGCCAAGCCAUGCUCCGCGUCGUACAUCCACGAGCGUCUUAGAGCUGACACUGGGAAAUGUGUGCGCGGUGGGCUUGGUCAAGAUGAUGAUUCGUGCUCUGAAUACCUCGGCCGCCAAAUCCAUCAUUAUUUUCGAGGCCUUGCUGCAGAUCGCACAGUCCCCGGAUCGCCCAGCGGACGCUCGAUUGACUGUCUUGAAGCUACUGUUCCGACUUCGAUGCGACUCGUUCGGUGCUAUCACAGUUGUCUCGACAUCGGAAAAUGAUUUCCUGAUGAACGUGCUAGGACGGAAUGUCGACGUAACCUCUAUACUUCAUCCUCCCAGUGAGAGCCCUAUUAGAGACCUUCCUCAGCAGGACAACCUGAUCCCCUUAAUGGGCGGAAAGAUUCCUGCGAAAGAACUUCCUACAAACUUUCUAUCCAAGUCAGGGCCUCGAGGCUCGAUUUCGGCUCGUGGAUCAAAGUUGACGCCACCCGUUUGGACAUACUCCCAACCCCAGGUGCUUCCAGAGCAGCCAUCUGAGGAGUCUAGCCCCUUUGUGUUCGCUCACACGCAGAACAAUGGCGUUUCGACCCCUGCCGAUUCCACGCCGGCGCUGAUGGGUGUUUUGAAAGUUAACAUGUGGGUUGAGUGUGUGAUCUCGCUCCUUCAGCGGGAGACCGAUUGGGACGUCUACAGCUACGUUCUCACUCACCUUGGUCCUCAGCUUAGCAACAAAGAGUUCUUCAAUAACUCGAUUCCUCAAAUCAAACUUCUGCGAAGCAUUUUGUGUGACCAGGUCAAGAACGAGAGUUUCCACGAGCCACCCGCGCUUACAGGCUUAAAGAAGAGCGAUGUGGCUGCUUGUAUCUUUGACACACUAUGCAUGCUGGUCGGCUACCACGAACACUUUGCUAAAAGCGAAGAGGAUGAUUUGGUACGAGCGUUCAUGCUUGGAAUUAUUGGUUCUUGGGGUGCUACAUCCCGUGGAUGCAUCCAAGCACUUUCUCUUUGCUGCCAUGAAAUUCCAAUGUCGGUGACAAAGUCGUUGAAUAACAUUCUCGACAAGAUGUCAAAGGUUAUUACCAUGUCCAAUAUUGCCGUUCACAUCUUGGAGUUUUUGGCUUUGCUCGCGCGUCUGCCGGAUGUCUACGUCAACCUUCGAGAAGAGGAGAUUCGCACCGUGUUUGGAAUUUGCAUUCGGUUCUUGCAGACUUCGAGAGAACAAGAACAACGCCACAAAGCAUCUGAGUCACCCACUACACGAGCCUCUCAGCAACCGCAGUCCAGACUUAGCGGCGGUGCGCGGGAAAUUGCCUCGAGCGCGGCCGAAGCAGCCGAAGCUCCAGCGCAUGAUGCCAUGUCCAAAUACAUCAUGACCCUCACAUACAGUGUCAUGGUAUUCUGGUAUCUCUCCCUGAAGCUGCAAGAUCGUCCAAAGCAUGUCAAUUGGAUUACAAGCAGACUCAUUUUCCACGAUGAGCACGGCAAGGAAGUUGUUGAGGAGCAGAGUCAGGUGUUCAUCGAUUUGAUGCAGCGUGUGGCCUUUUCGGACUUGGGAGAGACUAUCCCAUACGAGACUUUCCCUCCGACUCCCGAGGACGGACCUGUUUCCAAGAAAUCUUGGGUCGUUGGCAUGAGUAUUGUCACUGUUGAGACAGCCGGUAUUUCCGGACUGACCCAGCUGGCGAAACGUCAGGCGUCAGGAACGACCUAUUCCAUGUAUCAACAGCGCACGGCGCCUGUUCUCCCGCAUCAGGUUCCCCCAACUCCAGACGCUCACCUCCAUUCCGAUGCGACACGUACGGCAGUCUUACCCACCCACAUCUUGCUUCAACUCACUGCCACUGCGUUCCCUACCCCAACAGUGAUGCAGCCCAUUCCGGUUCCUGAAGAUGACAUUACAAGGCGAGCGAUUGCCAACUUUGACCGCACUGACAUUGUGGACGGCCACCGAAUCGGAGUCGUCUAUCUUGACAAUGGUCAGAGCAAAGAGGCAGACAUCCUUGCGAAUACCGGUGGUUCUCCAGACUAUGAACAUUUCCUCUCUGGUCUUGGAACCAAAGUGUCUCUUCGGAAUGCUCAGUUCAAUACGCAAGGACUCUAUGCCGAUACUGACGGCGAGGCAACUUAUGCCUGGCGUGAUCGGGUAACAGAGAUUGUUUACCAUGUCGCUACAAUGAUGCCCACGAACUUUGACCGUGAUCCCAACUGCAUCAAUAAGAAGCGAAACAUUGGCAACAACUUUGUUACGAUUGUCUUCAACCGUUCCAACUUACCUUUCAACUUUGACACGAUCCCAUCAGAGUUCAAUUCCAUCAAUAUCGUGAUCACCCCCUGCAGCCGUAUUGCGUACGAUGAAUCUGGGGCCGCGGUUGGUGAACAAGAUCCCGACAAGCUCUUCUACACUGUGAGAGUCAUGAGCAAGCCCGGCUACCCUGACGUAUCGCCUGCUGCGACUCCAAAGGUCAUCUCGGGUAAGAAUCUAGCUCCCUUCGUGCGGAUUCUCGCUCUGAAUGCAUCUGUCUUCUCUCUCGUCUGGAACAACAAGGGCGGCGAGCACGCUUCAUCCUGGCGGACCCGUCUUCGCGAAAUCAAGAAAGUUCGCGAGAGGGCCUUGGCUGCCCAAGCUCAAAGUGCCGAGGUUGCUGAAGGCGCGUACCCUGGCCAACGUCGCAACACGAAGCACAAUAUCUUCUCCGAGGAACUGCCGACUCGUGCUGCUCCAGUGCAAACUGACUUUGCCUCUGAGUGGAAUGCAGCAUCUGGAACAAACAUCCUUCAGAACCUAGACUUCUCUCGCUGGAGCCGCUGA